GCGAGAGAGAGAGAGAGAGCGCGCGCGCGCCAGAAAGGGAGGCUGGAGCGGAGAGAGAGGCGUUCCUCCUCUGCAACAACUGGCUCCCUUGACUGCCUUGCUUUCCCUUUCCCUCCCUUCCCUAUGGAGAACUUCCAGAAAGUGGAGAAGAUCGGGGAGGGCACCUACGGCGUGGUCUACAAAGCCAAGAACAAAGUCACCGGCGAAGUGGUCGCUCUCAAAAAGAUCCGCCUGGACACGGAAACAGAGGGAGUCCCAAGCACAGCCAUCCGGGAAAUCUCACUGCUAAAGGAACUGAACCAUCCCAACAUUGUCAAACUGCUGGAUGUGAUCCAUACAGAAAACAAACUCUAUUUGGUCUUUGAGUUUCUGCAUCAGGACCUAAAGAAGUUCAUGGAUUCUUCAUCUUCAAUCAGUGGUGUAGAGUUACCCCUUAUCAAGAGUUAUCUGUUCCAGCUACUGCAAGGCCUUGCUUUCUGCCACUCGCAUCGUGUGCUCCACCGUGACCUGAAACCACAGAACCUCCUCAUCAAUGCCGAGGGAGCAAUAAAACUGGCUGAUUUUGGACUUGCUCGUGCAUUUGGAGUGCCAGUACGAACUUACACACAUGAAGUGGUGACCCUCUGGUAUCGUGCUCCAGAAAUUCUCCUUGGCUGCAAAUAUUACUCAACUGCGGUGGAUAUAUGGAGUCUGGGUUGCAUCUUUGCUGAGAUGUUAACUCGUAGAGCCCUCUUCCCUGGGGAUUCAGAAAUUGACCAGCUGUUCCGCAUAUUUCGCACACUGGGCACACCAGAUGAAACUGUAUGGCCAGGUGUCACUUCCAUGCCCGAUUACAAGUCCAGUUUUCCUAAGUGGGCCCGGCAAGAUUUCAGCAAGGUGGUUCCACCUUUGGAUGAAGAAGGCAGGAAGCUUCUGGCGCAAAUGCUGCAUUAUGAUCCCAACAAGAGGAUCUCAGCCAAGACAGCACUCGACCACCCCUUCUUCCAGGAUGUCACAAAAGCUGUGCCACACCUCCGCCUGUGAGAGUCAGGAACACACUGCUUCUUUGGACUGCACUGGUUGCUUGCACUUAACUUUUCAACUAAAUACUGAAUGGAAUGCUGGAGUUCCAGUUGGCAGUCUACACUUGAGGGGGUUUUACUCCAAGACUUGUUUUAAAGCAAUAGCUGAGGCUGAAGAUUGGGUGUUUCCAGGCUGCCUCCUCUCAGGAGAGAAGGGCUUCCAGAGCCAGCUGCUGCAGGGACUCACUUUGCUGAGGAAGCAGCACCUCUACUCCUCACAUUUUUGCAUCCCUCAUCCCUUCCCCUUGGUAACUUUCGCAAAGCAUCUUUUGUGUUGGCCAACCUUCUGGUUCCAUCUUCUUUACUGAACUGUACUUUCCCUUAAGCAAACCUUGCUGCCAGCAAGAGUCCAUUUUUUCUAAUUUGCAUCAUGACUAUUGGCUUUAAAUAUAGGAUUGGUGUUUGCCUGGCAUUCUGUUACAUUCAUUCUGGUGCCAGCAGAGGCUUGCCUGACCUUUUCUUUCCACAUUUUCAUAUGAGGACUGUGCACUUAACUCUCCACUUUUUGUGAACAAGAAGAUAUUUUACUUAGUGGCCAAUGUGUUUCUGCAAAAUUAGAAGUGAUGUGCCCCAUUUUUUUAUAUUAGAACAGCUGAAUCGCCUUUUUCUGAUGAUGGUAGCUUAUGGUACUUGCCAGCUGAGGAAAAAAAGCAGGGCCCAUGAAGCUCAAAGCUCUGGUGACACAGAAUGACUUGCUAACCAUCUAAAGCAGUAGUCCCUAAACUUUGAUCUUCCAGGUAUUUUGGCUUUCAGUUCCCAGAAACCACAGCCAACUUGAUCAACAAUAAGGAAUUCUGGAAGCUAAAGUUCAAAACAUCUGGGCGACCAAAUUUGGGAAUCACUGAUCUAAAGGACUGCUAACCAUUUCACCGGACUUUUUUGACCUCUAAUAGGCAGAGUGGUUUUAAAAAAAACAACUCCAAAUGGUACUUGCAGGGUGAAUGGGCACACCCUAUCACUAUCCCAUUCAUUCUCCCACAUCCUACUCCUGUACAUGGUCUGCCCCUAUGCUUACAAUUUGUUAAAUAUUAAAGUGAUAGGUGUGGUUACAAAGCAUCAAUGCAUGCUAUGUUUCUACAAUGUGGUAUUGAAUUCAACCAUCAUUUGUUUCAAAAGUCUUUUAUGAAUACCUACAGCUGGGGCAAAUCUGUCAGGUAGCCUUGGCUUUCAUGAGUUUCUCAGCUGCAGUCUGCUUUAAAAAUCCUGCAUGUUAACUUUUGAAUUGCAGGUGUUCAACAAUUUAAAGAGAUCAAAGAGGAAGUUUUCAGAAUUUUCUCCCCAGUCCUCACCAGUGCUGCAAAUCUUGCUCAAAAUAACACCAUCACAUUUGUGAAGUGUACUGCACCAAAGCUGGAGGUCUGGAAAUGGCAAAGCCUUUGUUGCUAUGCUAAUCUUGGUUUGAAUGCACUAAUGCUUUUGAAGUUAUUUCAGUGAAUUGCAAUGCAGGAUUUCAAGGGACUCAAGAAACAAUCUAAACAGUGAUAUUGAUUUCUAAGGAGAAAGAAAGCUAAACUCACGUUUUUUUUCCUAAUAAAUUCUACAUUGGGGGGAAAAAGCCACAAAACUUUGUAACUGGUGGAGAGUUAUAGAUACAACUUGGGUGAGCUAGCUAUGGAGGCUUAUUUGCAACAUCAAGGUUUUGUCUCAAGAUGGCAACAAAACCUUGGCCAGCCCACAAAGUGCAUAGGUACUGCAAUAGUGUGGACAAACUUAAACCUGUCUUAGCCUCAUCUAUGCUACUUUGAAAUUGCACCUUCCAGUUUUGGGUCAGUGCGUCACACCAGCAUUAUGUGAAAGCAUUAAGCAAAAUGAAGGGUCAGUUAUUUUUUUUUGGAGGAAAAAAUCUGUAUUUUAUUUUAAAAAAAAAAUAAAUUUGUGAUAAUGCAUUUUAGAAGAAAAAAGGUUUCAUGAGAAAUUGAACUAAGAUUGUCCUCACCUCAGACUCUGUGACAAUAUUAGGAAACGUUGGGAGAGUUCCUAUUAUCAUAAACUAUAAUCUGUUUGGUCUUAUUCUUGAAGGUCUAUCAUUUUAUUUAUGGUUACAGAAUUAUUGAACAAUUUUUACAUAUGUUUUGGGAAAGAAUACAAAAAUGACUGAUAUAUAGAGGACUUCACUGAGGGAACUGGGGGUAUUUCAGAGCCAUCAGGCUAAAAUGGGCACGCUUGCUAUAGAAGUGUAAAUUCCAAAAUGGACUAACAAAACUUUUAUCAGGAUGCCUUUGUGGUUAGAAAUGGUGGUUUCACUAUUGCAUACAAUAUUGGGAAACAUUUCUUUCUCAUCCCCUUCAUCUUUUGACUGGAAGAAAUUGAUAUAUUUAUAAGGUUAAAGAAAGUUCUGAGUUUGUAUAAAGCUUGCAAGUCUAAGCACCUUGGCAUUUUUUCAAUGUAACUUUUUUAAAGAACAAAUAUUUGUGUCAUGUUUGGUAGCCCUUUGUAAGACUUGAUUUUAAACUAACCAAUAUCUGUUUAUAUAUAAUUAAAAACAUUUUGUAGUUUUAA